UAACCACGUAAACAUUGUUCUGUCAAAAUGUCAAGCAGAAGUAAAUAGUAAAAUACCGAGAGAGUGUCUAGUCGCAGUUGCAAACAAUGAUUUGACAAUUAAAAAAUAACAUAAUCAAAAUAUAUGUAACAUAAUAAAUAAGAACAAAGUAAAAUUUUAUUAUUUAUUAUUCGACUGAUUUAAGAUUUUAAAAUUUUUAUUGAAGCGUUGUAAAUAUGGCAGAUUCGAUGGAUAUUUCGAUUAGUGAUAUUGCUAGCUGGAUUGCUUCUGGUGCUAUGAUAUUUGGUGGAAUAGUUCCUUAUAUUCCACAAUACAGAGAAAUAAAAAAAAAAGAAGAUGCUGAAGGAUUUUCUCUUUAUGUUUGUCUAGCGCUUUUAAUCGCUAACACUCUGAGAAUAUUAUUUUGGUUCGGAAAACGUUUUGAAUUACCUCUUCUCUUCCAAAGUAUUUUAAUGAACAUAACAAUGUUAUUCAUGAUAAAAUUAUGCGUGAAUAUCAAUAGCAAAAAUCAGAUAAUCAAAUUAAAAGAUCGAGUAUUCACAGAUUUGGACAUUAAAUACUUUUGGAAAUGGACAGACUUCCAGUCCUAUUUGGAUUUUGUCUUGCUAUUCGGCGUUGUCGGAGGAGUUGCCAUGUAUAUAUUUGUCGAUUACCCGAUAUUCGUUGAAACAGUCGGCCUAUUAGCAGUUUUAACUGAAGCGAUGCUUGGGGUUCCUCAGUUUUUGCGUAAUCUUGAUAACAAAUCCACUGAAGGAAUGAGUAUCGUGAUGGUCACCAUGUGGGCCGUGGGUGAUACAUUCAAAACCUGUUACUUUCUUCACCGAGAAGCUCCAGUUCAAUUCAGUAUUUGCGGGGCUCUACAAGUAAUUGUUGACUUAGGAAUUUUAUUACAAGUGUACAUUUAUAGAAAUAAAACUCCUGUAAGACCGGUGCUACGAACAGACUGACGAUAAGUCUAAUAUUAUUUUAUUAGCCAUUUUAAUUUUUGACUUAUUUAAGAAACCAAAUAAAAAAAAAAAUAAAAAAAUUACCUAGAUUAAUUCUAAACUAAGGAAUUUAAUAUCUUUCUGCUGUACUGUCUUUCCAAUUUUUAAAAUACUUUAUAAA